CAGUAGACGGAUUCACUGAUGCGAAUUCCUCUUCUAAAUAUUCCCACAAGCUCAACUUGGGGAAUGUAAAUCCCCCAAACAGGCGCUGCCACGCCCCCUUUAUCCGCUCUCCAGGAGAGGCCUUCCUGCAGCCUCACCUAAAGAGAGACCUCACAGCCCACACGCGGAUAAGAUCUUCGCCUGGCAACAGCCGGAAGCGGAAGUCGUGCGCCGGGACGUUGCUAGCGCGCCUGUGUGGGCGAGAAUUGCCGGCCAGUCAGGAACGCUGUAGUAUGUAAAAACCGGCCCAUGGCGCAUGUGUCCCAGUCCAACUACCCAGAGGACACCCCGGGCUCUGGGAGACAGCGACGCAGCUCGUCCGAGAGCCCGCCAUCCGCGCAGGUCAGACACUCCCCGUGGGGCAGCCGUACUCACUCACGCGACCGCGAAGGCCUCAGGCCUUCGUGGAGUGGUUCGGGUGCCGGAGCUUCUUACCCCUUUAGCCGCUCUGGGUCUCGAGAGCGGACCCCCGGGCUCCGCAGCUACGACUUCUCAUCAUCUUCUUUCUCCUGUGGAGGGUACCGUUACUAUCAACACCACUAUGUGGGCGACCGGCAGUGGGCGGAGGACUGUGAGAAAGAGAAGGAGGAGAGCUAUCGCCAGAGGCGGCUGAAAGAGAGAGAAAGGAUUGGGGAGUUGGGAGCUCCUGAGGUAUGGGGGCUGUCUCCAAAGUUUCCUGAGCCAGAUUCUGAUGAACACACCCCGGUUGAGGAUGAAGAGGUAAAGACCAAGAAGAGCAGCAGUUCAGAUUCCAGCUCCGAAGAAAAAAGGAAAAAGGCCAGUCGUUCAAAAAAUAAGAAAAGAAAGAAAAAAUCCAAAAGAAAACAUAGGACAUAUUCUGAUAAUACUGACAGUCAGUCGGACUCCGACACUAUUUCUAGCUCUGAUGAUGAUAAAAAGAGAGCAAAAAAACUCAAGAAGAAAAAGAAACGCAGAGCUAAAAAGCCGAAGAAAAAGAAGACUAAAAAGACUAAAAAAGAAUCCAGUGACUCAAGCUGUAAGGAUUCAGAAGGGGAGUUGCCAGAAGACAUCUGGAUUGAGCAGUCAAAGAUUGCAGAUAACAUGGAUCUAAUAGGUCCAGAGGCACCUAUUAUACACACCUCUCAAGAUGAGAAACCUUUGAACUAUGGCCAUGCUCUGCUUCCAGGUGAAGGUGCAGCUAUGGCUGAGUAUGUAAAAGCCGGAAAGCGUAUCCCACGAAGAGGUGAAAUUGGGUUGACAAGUGAAGAGAUUGCUUCUUUUGAAUGCUCGGGUUAUGUUAUGAGUGGUAGCAGGCAUCGCAGAAUGGAGGCUGUGCGCCUGCGUAAAGAGAAUCAGAUCUAUAGUGCUGAUGAGAAGAGAGCCCUUGCAUCCUUUAACCAAGAAGAGAGACGGAAGAGAGAGAAUAAGAUUCUAGCUAGUUUCCGAGAGAUGGUGUACCGAAAGACAAAAGGGAAAGAUGAUAAAUAAGGACUUUUGUUCCAUAGCAGGACUUUGAACAAUUUUAUAUGACCAAAAUUAAAAGGCUUUAUGGUGCUACUGUACCAACUGUAAGUUCCUUGAGAAAAAGCUGCUUUUUGAGAUUUUUUUAAACUAUUUUGUUAAUUUUGACUGUAAAAGUAAUAUGUGUACGUGUUUUUAAAAAUAUUCAAACACUACAGGAGGAGAGUCAGUGAAAUGUGAGUCUUCUACUCCCAUCCCUAAUCCUUCCCUCCUAAGAAAUCUCUUUUUGGCGUUUUCUUUAUCUAUCCAUGAGUCCUGUUUAUGCACAAGCAUGUGUAUUGCAGGAUAAAAGUUGGAGCUAUUAACCUAAGGUGGUGGUGGUGUUUUCCCUGUUGCUCUGACUUUUCUCUGUUCCAGGGCUUCAUUUCCUCAUGGAGCCAUUCAUUACUCAGGGAAAACCAGGAGAACUCCAGAAAGAACAAAGGAUUCAAUUCAGUGUGUAUUUCUGGUUUGCAUUUAACAGAAUUAAAAGUUAGUUUUAUUGGCUCAUUUUCCUCUUCUAACUUGUUUCCCUUAAAUAAUAGGCUGCCAAAGCUCCUGAGUUUGGUUAUGUAUUUCCUGGUCCACCUGUGAAGAGAGAAGGAAAAUUUUUGUGUUGGAAUUCCAAAUAAGACUACUGAGACUCAGCCAAAUUAGAUUAGCUUAGGUCACAUGCUUCCCCCAGAUUUCCCUCCCCCCCAUCCUUCCAGAUAUAUCAUUGCCCCGGAAGUACAAUGACUUACUCCUGCCUACUUGCUCACCUUAUGGGCUAUGUGAGCAAGGAAUGGAUACCUGAGUAUCCAUAUUAGAGUAAUGUUAGGAAGGCAGGGGUAGGCAACCAACAGGUGCCCACUACAGUUCUGAAUGACUUUUUAAAAAAUGUAUAGUACAUGUGCUGAAAGCCAACAUUUUCUUGAAAAACUUGUCUUUGACUAUCAGAAGGCAAGGACCUGAUUGAAAGAGUCCUAGGGUUUACCCAUAAAAAUAGACAUUAAAAAGAUAACGAUCUAGAGUACUUGGGUAUUCCAAGGAGUAGAUUAGGUGCCAGCUAGAGGAGGAGGAGAAAGAGCAAAAGGAGGAGGUAUAAAGAGACGGUUGGUAGAGCUCAUGAGAAGAUCAGAUCAGGAAGGACCACGUGGACAAGAGAGUUAACGCGGAGAGACUGGCUAGCACCAGUGCUGGAAAAGACAUUUAGAGUGAGCUCCACUUGUGGUCUAUGAUAAGACCUUAAUUGUCAUCUAGUGAUAGCUGAGCAAACUCAGACUUCAGUACAAAUGAAAACUAUCUAAUUUGGAUAAGCCCCUUUUCAAACCUCAAGACCCUGGAAAGCCCACAGAGCUGAAAGUGAAAGGAUGUGGCUCUAGAAUCUGGCAGGGCAGAGUUGAUGUAGAAAGGCACUUUUACACCAGUAUGUAACUUGACAGACACUGGAUCACACUAGCUUGAAAUUUUCCCAAAGAGAGUUGUGUGAAAGCCCUCUUGUUAGAUAUGUAUAUUUCCAUUUAUACCACACGAUACAGAAGAAUCUAUACAUAGCUUGGAGAUGUUUUAUAUCAAUGCAUAUAAAUAUAUUUUUAAUGACUUUAUAGUAUUCUAAUGUUUGGGUGAACCAUAUUAUAUCUGAUGUUUAAGAUGUAUUUUGCUAUUAUACAAUACUUGUGAAAAUCUUUGUGGAUGUAUGAGUGUUAUCAUCUGUAGUGUGCUCAUCUAAAAAUAGAAUUAAUUAUUGGGUGAAAAAGAAUGCUUUGUGUCAUCUAAAAAUGACCAGUUAGAAGUGGAAUUAUUGGAUCAAAGGGAAGGUAUGUACUAAUACAAGUGCUUUCCAUGUACUAGGCAAUAUAGCAGAUACUAGGGAUAAACCAAAAAGCAAAUUAGGCUUGAUACCUGCCAUCAUAGAAUUUUACAUGCUAACUGGGGAGACAGACUUUAAAUAGUUAACAGACAAAUAAUUAUAAAUUGUAGUAUGCUAUGAAGAAAAGAAGGGGCUAGAGCCAGAAAUGGUGGAUGUUUUUGAUAGAGUGGUCAAAGUCUAAGAAUAUUACAUUUAACCUCAAAGUGCUUUUAAUAGCCAUUGUAACAUUGCAUUCCAAAGAGGAUGCACUGGUUUACACACUCACCUGCCAAUAUUGUAUUUCUGAACCUUUUGAAUCUGAAUCUUUGCCAAUCUGAUAGGUGAAAAUGGCGUUUCAUUUUUAUUUAAGAAUAUGGUUGAGUAUGUAUAAUAAUUGUAAUUCUUUUGUGUGUGUGUGAAUUAUCCAUAUUAUAUAUUUGUGUAUUUUCCUACUGAGUUUCUGAUGUUUUUCUUAUUGAUCAUAAGAACUCUUCAUAUAAUAAAUAAAUCAGUUUGUUAUUACAAAACUUGAAGAUACUUCCCCCUUAUUUGACUUUUGAAUUGCUUUUUUGGGAAACACUUGAUCAUGUUGCCCGUUAAGCCCUAAAA